AUGGAGCCCAUCACCCAGCAUAUGCAAAUCUUGCCCGAAGAUACCCUCAAGCAAAUCGGCAAGGGUGCCUUAGUCAAAUUCACCCAUGCAUGUGAUAACCCCGAGAAAGUGAGCCGGGUCUAUCAUAAUUUACUAGACACAUAUUCUACCGCUUCUCUUUCGCAUUCUCACACGACAGCCGCAUGUAAUGCCUUGAGCGCUUUCCUAGAUGCAGCUCUAGUGUCCAACCAUGAGUCCACAAGGCAACUCGUCUACUGCGACGAGACUUGGUUGUCUGUGUUCGACGUCUUUAUGACUCGAUACAAGGAUGCCAAGCCCAAGCCAAUGAAGCAGGUCAUGGAGUCAUUGGUCCUGCUGCUGGCUAAAACCCGCAAGCAAUUUGAUAGAUCUUCACUCCAGAAGAAGAUUGUCGAGCUCACCAUCCCCAGCAUUAUGCUUGGCGAACCUCGCGCUCGUCUUAAAGCUUCUUUCGCGUCGCUUGAGAUGAUCGUGCGCAAGAAUGCGAUUGUGCCUUCGGAGCUGAUAUCACUUCUCGACGGUUGGCUUCAUGCGGAACAUGAGAGCUGGGUCCCUAUGUAUCAGGCCGAUUGUAAGGCGCUAUCAAUUGAUGUAUCGCCCUACAUCCGUAGUGCCCCUGUGAAUAGCACACCAGCACAAGAUGCAUCACGAACGACAGUUGAAAUCUUUGCUCUAGGCCUACUAGCUCGCGCGACUAAACCAGAGCUUGCAGCGUCAUCCGGUGAUCUUAUGGCUGCUUUUUUCCAGAAAAUCAAGGCUACACCCGAUCUCCGUCACCUGUUGUCUGUCUGGGUGGCACCUGUCCGUCAUGUCACACUAAGAACCUUGGACGAUUUGGAGUACAUGUCCAAUUACAUCCUCCAGCCUUGUUUUGAGGUCGAUACGAUUGGUUUCAGGUCAUUUAUCGACAGGUUUCCUCUCAAGAAUCUGCUCUCUUGUGAUAUGAGCGAUGCUCCCAUGGCUGAGUUCAUGGUGUUGUUCGCCUCUCUGCAGGUAGCAAAGAAGAUUGGACUCGUUCACGAAGAUCACUAUGUUGGCAAACCAAGCUCGACCGCUGCUGACGCUGAUCGUGCAUUCGUCUUGAAGAGUGAGGUGAUUGGCCAAUUUCUCUUCCACCGCGAUAUGACCAUUAGGAUAGCGACACUGUCUCUAUUGAUCAGUGCGCCUUCGUCAACGAAGGCCGUAUCAUCCGCUACAAUGAAAGCCAUCAUCAAUGGGUUACCCUCUCUGCAUUGUGAAUCAGAGUCCUAUUCGAGAGGAGAAGUGUUGAGUCUGAUCCGUAAGCUGGUGGUCCGCCUGAAAGGCGGAAUCUUGGAAGACCAAGAUCGCUUGAAAAGCGAAAAGGUUACUAGUAACAAGGAAGAUCAACAGAACUUCUUCAAUUCCUCUGUCACUAGAAAAUGCUUGGAUGAGUACAUCCGUUUUCUCAAGGCAGACUUGCGACCCACGGCCUCUUACCCACGUCAUAUCGCUGCGCUAAAGACAUUGAUUUUCUUCAUUGAAUCCGGACUGGAUCACCGCUUCAGCGCUACAGAUGGUAACAAAAGUCGCUGGGCUUGCAAUAUGGACAUCUUCGAGCCAACUUUGCUCAGGCUGUUGGUGGACCUCCUCCUUGACCCAUUCGAGGAAGUCCGAGCGACAUCCCUUUACCUACUGAACCUUUUCCCGCGUGAAGUUCUUUUCAGCAGUGACUUACAGCCACAGGGCGAGUUGCUGACAGGGACACCUCAGAUCAUUGAUGGUUUGACAAAGGCGGAGCAGAUGGCAAGCAACACCAGCAGAGCUGACUAUGCAGAUACCGUUGCUCGUCUCUACCAUAUACUUUUCCGUGCUGCGGAGUCUGGAAGUAUAACUACUGCCUCACAGUGGUGGGAAGCGAAAUCUACGGUUGUCGAGUAUCUCCUAGCAAAAUUGGAGCAGAAGCUUUCCUCCUCCGGCGGUCUGUUCAACUCUUCUAUGCGUGAUGCACCUUUACACGGCUACAUCUCUGCACUCAGAUACAUUGUCGCAACUCCCAACUUCUACUCCUUGGUUUCCCAUCAGUCCACGAACUUCGAUAACUGGAGGGCGUUCCAUGUGAGGAUUGUGCAUGUUUGUGACCGGAUUUGGAACGAAGUUAGGCCUGUUCUGUGCAUCGACUCUCCAGAGGGUCAUACAGACGAUCCUAUUGAGGAGUUGGGUGUUGGCCCCAAGGAUAUCCUUUCUUAUUCUUGGCGUGCGCUUCGAGAAUCGAGUCUUCUGCUCCACGCCACGCUUUCCAACAAAUCGUAUAGCCCUCCAGGUGACAAUGGACUCACAGAACAACACUUUGAUAAGCUGGGAACUCUGAGCUUCAUACAGCUGGCUGAGCUUCGGCACAGAGGUGCAUUCUCAACGGUGUCCCAGACGUUCGCUACCUGCUGCCAACGUUGUGGCCAGUCGAGCGAUCCAGCAAUUUCGGAGCUGCCCCACAGAUUCUAUCAAGAGGCCAAGAAAACCAUUUUCGAAUCAGCAUCUAAGCUUACCCGUCGUUCGGCUGGUCUUCCUGCACUGGUUGUAGGGAUUCUUUCGUCAAACCCAGGCGGGCCACUGUUCCAGCAAGUCAUACAGGAGCUUCACGAAAUCUCCCACUUGCCGGCACAACAUGACAAGACUAGACAAGACGUGCCGCUGCCUCAAGUUCAUGCUAUGAACUGCCUCAAAGACAUCUUUACCAAUACUAAGCUCGGCCCGCAUACUGAACCAUUUAUCAUGCCUGCUCUGCAUCUGUCGGCUGAACGUCUCGGUUCUCCCAUAUGGGCUCUCCGCAACUCUGGUCUCAUGCUGUUCCGUGCUUUAUUGACACGCAUGUGUCGCACCGGCACCGAUCUAGGAUUUGGUGGUGAAUCUGGAUCUGAACCCGGCGCUAGAGUUACCUUCCAGAAAUACCCUGGCCUGUUUGAACUUCUCCCCACCUUGCUCACCCCAACAGAUAAAAACAACUCCGCCGAACAAACUGACACCGCGAUGGUAACUGAACGUGUCUUCCCAGCCCUAGAGUUAAUCGCUGAGAAGGUCCCUGACGUGACUGGCGCUCAAGAUGAGGUUCUGCGUGGUCUGGUCCGGGAGCAGCUCAAAAGCCCCGUAUGGGGAAUUAGGGAGCACGCAGCUCGAGUCUAUGCAUCCUUGUUGCACCGCGGUGAUAUUCUGAUUAACGUCAAGGCCUUGAUGGGUUCUGAGAGGGAUUCCAAGACGCAGGAUUACCUCCACGGCGAAGCAUUGUGCAUCAAAUACUCUCUUCGGCGGUUUGCAUCGAGUUCCGUCGCUUUCUGGAACGAGAACAUCGAUGUAGUAUCCUCCACGAUAAGAGAUAUCUUCGCCGCGUCGUUCCCUCUUGCGGAGUCUCCUUUCAUUGCAACUACUCUUCUGGAAAUUAUGAGCGACACAAUUGAAAAGAGUAUCGAUUGCGGCUCUGAGGGUAAGCUGAUGGCAUCUACCUUGGACUUUGUUGCGAAUGAAUAUGCCUUCCAGGAUAUCCUGGACUUUGUAUUCGACCCAAACCAUCCAACCUGGAAGUCAUUGAGCACAACUCGUGCUUCCUCCCUCCUCCGUCGUGCGAUCUCGUGGGUUUCAAUCUUGCAGUUGAUUAUUGCAGGGAAAGUCAACGACCUGGAGCCUCUACUUCGGACAGUUUCGAAUUUCGACCCCAAUGCUGGUCAGUGGUUGUUGGAGAGGCUGCAAGAGAUCUUCGGACAAAGAGAUCAGUAUGGAAAGACAUUAAUCAACCUGUACUCUUCUGUCAUCCUAGGAGACUACCCUGAAGAGGUCAAGGCGAUAGCCAUUUCGUGCUUGGCUUCGAAGUUGCAAGCUCUUUUCGACUUUCACAAUGAGACCCUCCCCCAGAUUGAUCUUCCGUGGGGAGCACUAGAAGGACAACUCAAACAUGGCUCGAGUCAGCACAUUUGGAAUCGGGACAGAUCUGACGCUGAGCUACAACUGCAUGGCAGUCUUCUUGCCGCCAAAGCUAUCGCCUCCAACAAUCAGAACUCUGAAAACGACAUCAACGAGUGGGCAACCCGACUCCGCUUUGCCAUGCAAGAAGAAACAGAAUAUACUACACGUCUUGCUGCGGUCUUGUCGAUCUCAGCAUUCGGUCGCAUUCUGCGUCCUGCAGGCCAGCCUCCGCUUACUGACAAGGCAUUCUUGGAUAUCUACCUGGUCCUUUAUGAUAUGUUGAACGAUGACGAUGAAGAAUUGCGUGACCUGGCGGCUCCGACCGCCUCAUGGGUCCUUUCUUACUCUUCAGCAUCCCGGUCCAAGGCUGUCGCUCUAUCUCCAUCGAACGCCAGCGAGCUUCUUUCCGUUUUCAUUGCUGAAAGCUACAACAACUCGCAGCUCCUUUCCAAGAAGGCCGUUGCCUAUAUCGUCGGUUCAGAAUCUCGGAUCAGCACUUUCACGACCCGGUUUGUGCCCGUCUCUACCACUCUUUCCGAGCUUAGAAAGGAGAGUACAAUUUUGUUUGAGGAGGAGAAGCAGAACCUGUUCAUCGACGACGUUCGUGAAGUUGAUGCUUGGACCAAGCGACUGAUCGGCUUAACGGAAACGUCAUACGAUGAGGCCUCGAUCCAGGCAAUUUUUAUAUGGGUAUCAGAUGGCCUUUCUUGCUUCGCAAAUGUUUUUGCAAACCCUGCCGGAAAAGACGGACUGUUAGGCUGGGUCUCGAAGCCUGAAACAUUCACUCUGGGUGUGCGGCUUUUUGCCUUGGCUACUGUUACGGUCUCCAAAGAUUCCGCUGCCUCCAAGCUUCUGGGGCAGGAACGUGUCGCGUGUCUGAAGGAGAAGCUUCAAGUCCUGCUCGCCCAUGGGCAAGCGUCAUUGGUACAUAACGAUUGGAUUACGCGCAUUCGGGCGGCAUUGGAGUGUUCUUGA